UGUGUGUAUAGAAGUGCUGAAUGUGGUAGUGAAACAGGAUUUAGAAUGUCGGUUUUUCACGACGAGGUUGAAAUCGAAGACUUUGAGUACGACGAAGAAACAGAAACAUAUUAUUUUCCCUGUCCGUGUGGAGACAGAUUCGCGAUCACAAAGGAGGAUUUGGAAAAUGGAGAAGAGGUUGCUACCUGUCCCAGCUGUUCUCUGAUUGUCAAAGUUAUUUAUGAUAAGGAGCAGUUUAUGUGUGGGGAAGUUAUUGAAGCCCCGACUGCAACAGAAACUAAGCUGGAGGUGGCUCAGAGAUGACUAACAGCAGCUAAAUUCGUUAAUAGCCUGAAAAUGGACCUGGUACCUUCUGGUGCUACAAAAAUAACCACAGAACCUCCUGUUGUCGUAGACACAGCAAGCAGUAGCAGCGUUUUGCACAUGGACUUUUACUUUUAGUUCUGAUAAUGUUUUAAAUGUAUUUAUUUUGUUGUUAAUGCAGAAUAUAAAGGAUUUUAACGGUA